CUUCAAUUGUUCGAUUUAUAAGCAACCGUCAAUAAGGAAUAAAAUAAAAAUGUGUAAAUUAUUUUUAAUAUCGUUAAUUUUAACAUCAAGCCUGUCUUUGUCUUUUUCAACAAAUAAUUCUAAUUGUGAAGAAAAAAAAGAUUUAUACGAAUUAAAAUUGAGUGCAUUUGAUCCAGAUGUGAGUAAAUUCGUGCAAGAUGGCUGGGAAAAAUUAGUCGCUGAAAGAAAAACCAGAGGAGCAACCAAUAAAGGCGGAUAUUCUAUCGAUUGCGCAAGAGUUCAAGUUGCAGACACUGAAAGAAGAUACACUAUACUUGUUAACUAUGAAACUGAUUUGUUCGGAAAAAUGUUAAGUUGUAUAAUAUUUGUUAUGACGACUCAAACGGAACCUUUGCGUAUAAUUUGUAACCUAGAAAAUAUUGCAGACGAUUACCACCCGGCAGAACGCGAGCUACGUAAUCUGUUUAACUUCUUCUACAACAGCAAGCUGUACUGUUCUUGAGGAUAACUCUCGCUUUUUUAUAAAAAGGGUUGUAAUAAAUUUAUUUUAAUUUAUAAAUAAAAUUUUCAAAGAUUUAUAA